AUGGCAGAUCCGAGGGACCUCAAGUUCUUUCCAUCAGACAUGACGUUGGUGGACCAGUAUCUACGCAGGAGAAUAGAUACCGGCAAGGAAGGUUUUAUUAAAGACAUCAAACUUUACGAAUACGAACCAUGGCUUCUUCCUCACGUCAACAACGAUCUGUUUGGUGAAAAGGAGUGGUUCUACUUCGUCAAGAGGACACUCAAAGCUGGUAAAACACCUAAUCGUAAGGUGCUGGGGCGAGGAGGCAGCAUCGUUGGGACUUGGACGACCAGCGGUAGCAAGGAAGCCAUCCUCGGCCGUAACAAGGUUGUGAUCGGACACAAAGCAGAACUCUCGUACUACAAAGAUGUAAAAGGACAGGUAAAAGGAGACUCGACCGGUUGGUGUAUGACGGAGUAUUGGCUAGCGAGUAAGAACGAUGAGUUUCAAGAAUUGGUCUUGUGUUAUAUCCGUGGGAAGAAGAAGCAAGUCAAAAACGUGUCCUCAUACUCGGGUACUAAUAGGGCUUUCGCACCUCGUGGAGACAUAAUUGCUAGGGUAGAUCCUAGCCAUCUCAAGUUCUUUCCGACGGACUUGAAGCUGGUGGAGCAUUAUCUACGCAACAGAGUAGACACGGACAAAGACGGUUUCAUCAAAGACAUAAAGCUUUAUGAACAAGAGCCAUGGCUUCUUCCGCACGUCAAAAACGAUCAGUUCGUUGAGAAGGGCUGGUUCUACUUUGUUAAGAGAUCAUGCGGAUCUGAUAACAAAAUAUUACGUAUGGUACCCGGACGAGGAGGCAGUGACGGCGGGACUUGGAAGAAGAACUCUCGUACUACAAACAUGUAA